ACUUUUUCGUCCAAUCAAAUGACGUGCUUACAAAAUUGUACUAAUUAUAAAUACUUCGCAUAAAUUCUUAAAAUUCACGCGCUACUGCUUUUUUACACCAUUUUAAUUAAAUAAAUGUCGUCGUCAUUAGUUGUAUAUACAAAAAGUUUAUUGGUUGGAGGAUUUAUUAUUGGAUUAGGAUAUGGAUUAAUGAAAAUUACAACGCCAAAUACAGAAGAAUGGUAUGCGAAAUUACCUCCUGAUAUUAAAGAACAAAUUAAUUCUCCCGAAACUCGUAAAAAGAAUGAAUUAAUAAUGGAAGUAUUAAAAAGAACUGCCCAAUCCGAUAAACCAGUGUAUGAUCCUAGACAAAUUUUGGAAGAGAUUAAAAAAGAGGAAGAAUUGAAAAAAGAUAAGAAAUUUGAUAAAUUUGAUCUUUGAAGAAUUUGUUUUAUUAUUUAAUAUUUAUAUAGAAUAUUUAAUGAAACAAAAUAACAUAAUGAAUAAUUCAUUUUAUUAGUCAUUCAUGUGGGAUUUUGGGUGUCGUGAGGGAUAUUAUUAGGGAAGGGGACAAGUUAUUUGUUUAAAUCCGGAAAUAUUUUUUUAUCGCCAUCAACAACGAUAAUUUCGAACAAACGAUCUUAGUUAAAAUCUAUUAUAGCUAAUUUUCUUUCUAUAUUAUAACCAUCUAACAUUAGUAACAAUAGAAUUAACGUUUCUAUCAAACCAAUCCUUUUCACUAAUAUUCAUUACAAAAUCACUUCUAA